AUGAAUCCCUCCGAGGCCAUCAGCUACAAGGCCCGCAAGGAGGCAUUCGUUUCCAAUCUCUCCGGGAGCUCCUUGACCGACAUCAAUCUCGUCGCCCUCGUUUCAAGUGCCGCCGUCUUACUCUGGACAGCUCUCCAAAAACGCCAGAGCUUCUUCACACCCUACACGCCUGUCUCUCUCGUCGCGGAUUUCCUACUCAAUGUCUGCGCCAUCCUCUUCGCCGUCACGCUGUACAGCGCUACGCCCAUCGUUCUGAGUAUCUUUUUGAUCACGCCAGCGUUGCUUCUUUUGUUCUUGACAAGCGCACCCUCGAACUUGGAUUCAUCUUCAUCACUGUCCUCAAAAAAAUCCAACGCCACCAAGAUCGCCAGCAAAAGUACCAACAUUAACAUCAGCACCGAUGCCAACCCAUCGCCUUCGACUGCCAAAACGCUCCCCGUACGACCUUUUCUCACUCACUACCGCGGGAGCAUGCUUGUCGUUACUUGCGUAUCCAUCCUGGCCGUCGACUUUCCCAUUUUCCCCCGCCGCUUCGCCAAAGUCGAAACAUGGGGAACAUCCCUGAUGGAUCUGGGCGUCGGACUGUUCGUCUUUUCCGCUGGCGUUGUAUCAGCCCGAGCCAUCGUCAAACCCUCAUCGUCGUCGUCUUCCUUUGUUUCUCGAUUCCUCAUCUCCCUCCGCCACGCUCUCCCGCUCUUCAUCCUCGGUAUUAUCCGCUUGCUCUCAGUCAAGAACCUCGACUACGCCGAGCACGUCACCGAGUACGGCGUCCACUGGAACUUCUUCUUCACUCUCUGCCUCUUACCGCCCUUUGUCGAGAUUUCCGACUCUCUGACCCGCCACGUCGUGCGGUCCUACGACCUUUUGGCCGUCCUGAUCAGCGUCACGUACGAAUUCGUCCUCAACAGCCACCCAACCCUUCUUCGGUACAUCCUGAUCUCUGAGCGCGGUCCGUCAUGGUUGUCCAAGAACCGCGAGGGCGUCUUUUCCUUUAUUGGAUACCUUGCCAUUUUCCUCGCGGGUCGCGGCACAGGAAGACAGAUUGUCACGUUCAACACGCCCCCUACUAGUUCUGGUAGUUCUGCUCGGGCCAAGCCCAAAUCAUCGCAACUGAUGAUGAUGAUGACUACCACCUCCGUCGACGACGUACGCAACGAACGCCGCGUCGUUCUCCGCACCCUCGCAGUCCGCACGCUAAUCUACUCGGCCCUGUUCAUCUUCACGACCAACAUCUACGGCGGCAACCUGACAGUCUCCCGCCGUCUCGCCAACCUCCCUUAUGUUCUGUUGGUAGCGGCCUUUAACAACGGCCAGCUGUUUUUGUUUGGCGUCGUCGAAGACCUCGGUCCCGAAUUCAUCUACGCCAACGCUGCUGCCGCCGACGAGGAUUCCUCCCGCGGCUCCUCCUCACGACAACGGCAAUCCAAGGCUGGUGGUGGCGAAGGUGGAAAGGCUCGCGGUGUCUCGUUCGCCACGUCCCGUAUCCUCCGCGUCUUCAACACAAACGGUCUCGUCAUCUUCCUCGUCGCCAACCUGCUUACGGGCCUUGUGAAUUUGACGGUCAACACGCUCGACAUGGCCGCUCUGCCCGCCAUGGCCGUCUUGAUUCUCUACGCGGCUGUCGUGACCGGGGUCGCGCUGGGGUUGGACCAUGCCGGUAUUAAGAUUAAGAUAUGA